CAUAUAUGGGAUACUUUAGGAUGCAGUGACCUAUGAGGAUGUGCAUGUGAACUUCACUCCUGAAGAAUGGGCUUUGCUGGAUCCUUCCCAGAAGAGUCUCUACAAAGAUGUGAUGCUGGAAACCUACUGGAACCUCACUAUUGUAGGUUACAAAUGGGAAGACCACAAUAUUGAAGAACAUUAUCAAAAUUCUACAAGACAUGGCAGCCGGUGUGUCAUCUGUCACUCUGGAUACAAGCCAUGUGACCAUAAGGGAUACGGAAAGAAGCAUUGUAGUUCUGUCUCUCUCAGAACAACUGGAAGAUAUGUGGUAGUCCCCACUAUGAGAAGACAUGAUGACUAUGAUAGAAAUUUACACUUAAUUGGUUUUCCAACUUCAGUGGGAAUUCAUCAAGAAACUCUCACUGAAGAACAACCUUAUGAGUACCAGGAAUAUGGAAAUUCAUCUCUCUCUACUGGUUCACUGUGCACAUGUAGUGUGGCUCACAGUAUAAGAAAAUCUUAUGAAAUCAAUCAGUGUGGUCAGACCCUGAGUUCUUCAAGUUCUCUUCAAAGAUGUGAAAAAGCUCAUGUGGGAAGAGAAAAUAUUAAAUGUGAGUCAUCUACUAAAGGUUUUAGGCUUGACAGGCAUCGUCAAACACACCAAAGAACGAAUAAUGAAGAGGCUCUCUAUAAAUGUAAUCAACAUGGUAAAGCCUUCAGAUCUGAUUGCUCUUUUGAAGUAUAUCAAAGAAGUCACUUGAAAGGAAAACCCUAUGGGUAUAAUCAAAGUUAUAAAGCCUUUGAAUGUUACAGUCUUCAGCAUCAAGUACGUAGAAUUCAAACUCAAGAGAAAUGCUAUGAAUGUAAUCAAUGUAGUAAAGCCUUUGUACAGAUGAGUGAUCUUCACAGACAUGAAAGAAUUCAUACUGAAGAGAAACCAUAUGAAUAUAAUCAAUGUGAUAAAGCUUUUGCAAAGAUGAGAAAUCUUCACAGUCAUGAAAGAUUUCAUACAAGAAAGAAAGUCUAUGAGUGUAAUCAAUGUGGUAAAGCCUUUGCACGAAUGAGUAAUCUUCAAAGUCAUGAAAGAGUUCAUACUGGAGAGAAACCCUAUGAGUGUAAUCAAUGUAGCAAAGCCUUUGCACGAAAGAGUAAUCUUCAAAGUCAUGAAAGAAUUCAUACUGGAGAGAAACCAUAUGAAUGUGAUCAAUGUGGUAAAGCCUUUGCACGUAAGAGUCGUCUUCAAAGUCAUGAAAGAAUUCAUACUGGAGAGAAACCCCAUGAAUGUAAUCAAUGUGGUAAAGCCUUUGCAAUGAAGAGUUAUCUUCUCAUCCAUGAAAGAAUUCAUACUGGAAAGAAACCUUAUGAAUGUAAUCAAUGUGGUAAAGCCUUUGCACUGAAGAAUAGUCUUCAAAAUCAUGAAAGAAUUCAUACUGGACAGAAACCUUAUGAAUGUAAUCAAUGUGGUAAAGCCUUUGCAAAAAAGAGUUAUCUUCUCACCCAUGAAAGAAUUCAUACUGGAGAGAAACCGUAUGAGUGUAAUCAAUGUGGUAAAGCCUUUACAACAAAGAGUCAUCUUCACAGUCAUGAAAGCAUCCAUACUGGAGAGAAACCCCAUGAAUGUAAUCAAUGUGGUAAAGCCUUUGCAAUGAAGAGUUAUCUUCUCAGCCAUGAAAGAAUUCAUACUGGAGAGAAACCUUAUGAAUGUAAUCAAUGUGGUAAAGCCUUUGCACUGAAGAGUAGUCUUCAAAUUCAUGAAAGAGUUCAUACUGGAGAGAAACCCUAUGAAUGUAAUCAAUGUGGUAAAGCCUUUGCACGGAAGAGUCGUCUUCAAAGUCAUGAAAGAAUUCAUACUGGAGCGAAACCCUAUGAAUGUAAUCAUUGUGGUAAAGCCUUUGCAAAAAAGAGUUAUCUUCUCACCCAUGAAAGAAUUCAUACUGGAGAGAAGCCCUAUGAAUGUAAUCAAUGUGGUAAAGCCUUUGUACAGAAGAGUAGCCUUCUAGUUCAUAAAAGAAUUCAUACUGGAGAGAAACCAUAUAAAUGUGACCAAUGUAGUAAAGCCUUUGCACAAAAGAUUAGUCUUCAAAGUCAUGAAAGAGUUCAUACUGGAGAGAAACCCUAUGAAUGUAAUCAAUGUGGUAAAGCCUUUGCAAAAAAGAGUCAUCUUCUCACCCAUGAAAGAAUUCAUACUGGAGAGAAACCCUAUGAAUGUAAUCAAUGUGGUAAAGCCUUUGCACAGAAGACUAGUCUUCAAAUUCAUGAAAGAAUUCAUACUGGAGAACCCUAUAAGUGUAGUCAAUGUGGUAAAGCUUUUGUACAUAAGAGUAGCCUUCUAAGUCAUGAAAGAAUUCAUACUGGGGAGACCUGUAAAUAUGACCAAUGUGAAAAAACAUUUGCAAAGAAGAGUAAUCUUCACAGUCAUCAAAGAAUUCAUACUGGACAGUACCAUAUGGAUGUAAUCAAUGUGAUAAUUUCAGAUGUGAACUGAUGUGAGCUGCCAUGUGGGUGUUGGAAACUGAAUUGUGUGUUCUACAAGAGGUAUUUGCUGGAGUCCAUUUUCAUAUGGGUUCAGGUCCCAACGAAGAGGUCAGGCAUCAGUAGAGGAAGGAGAAUGCCAUGGUCUGAGCGUGAAGCAGUAUAUCAGCUGCUUUAUUGAAAAAUGACUACACAUUUUAUACUCUAUAACUAAAUCUUAGUUUAGACUCAAGCAGGUUAAAAACAGACUUAAUGAUUCCAGGAUAAAAGCAGCCAUCAACCUCAUUACAGCAUUUUUCCUGGGGCAAGAAGUGGUAAAUUCAGCAAGUAUCUUCAUGCCUUUCUGGAUGUGAACCCAUUGUUUCCUUUUAUAGUUGCUUUCAUCUCUGGAACUAGGUGUGUCCAGUUAGUAAAUCAUUAAGUUCUAUUUUUGGUGUAAUCAGGGGGACACAAUGGGGCUUCAUGUGUGGGAGUAGGCAUAGUAAUGACAUUGUGUGGUUCCAUGGUGGUAGGGAUUUUUUCCAAGAAUUUUGUUUAAAGAGACUGCCUUGCCUAUGUAUAUGUUCCCGUCCUCCAGUGUAGCCAGCAAAAUAAAUUUCCCACAGGAAAAGGCAUAAGGAAACUCCAUAACAUAUAGUGAGAAUUAUUAAAAUUGAAAUAAAAAUGAUGCUGGAGAAUUAA